AUGCAUUCUGGGCUCGCAUGUCGCACGCAUUUCCUUCGUCCAGGCGAUAUUGUCACGACGGAGACCGGGACCUCCAGCGCAGAUGGGCGAGAGCUUUUUCCCCCAGAAAACACGCUGUUUGUCAACUCGAGCAUCUGGCUCUCGAGUGGAUUUAUGCUGCCAGCGGCACAAGGCGCCUGCCUUUCUCAGCGUCACUUACAAACACAGGGGCCCACAAUCUUAUUCGAGGGAGACGGCAGUUUUCAGGUGACAGCACAGGAGUUGAGUGCGAUAAUCCGCAAGCGCUUGGAUAUCAUUGUUUUCCUGACAAACAACAAUGGCUUUAAUAUCGAGCGACUUAUUCACGGCUGCGAUGCUGAGAACAACGAAGUCGCUCUGUCGCGCUACCUGGAAAGCCUCCGUUGUUACGGUGUGCCCACUGAUGGGUCAUACGAGGCACAGACUGCAAAGGUAGAGACUUGGGGUCAGCUGCAUGCGCUUCUUGCAGAUGGAAACUUUCAGGCCGGGUUUGGUGGAGGUCGCGCUGGACAGACUUUGACACCUCGCAACAUCCAAGCGUAUUAG